AGCAGCAACAGCAGCAGCAGCAGCUCCGCCCCGCCGCGGGUCACCUGUGCGCGCAAAGGGCGAUCCGGGAAGGCGAGGGAGGCAGAGCGAGCGACCCAGUUCAAGCAGGCGAGAGAAAGAAGGGAGAAGAAAAGAGGGGAGGGGAGGAAAUAAAAAGAAAGAAAGAAAGAUUUUAAAAAAACAACAACACCCUCCUCCUUUUCCAACACCGGAUGCGUCUGGCUCAGCCUCCGUCUGGGUUUCCCCGCUUGGCUUUGUAGGGCAGACAAAAGUUGCGUCCCUGGAAGCGAGACAAAGUUGGAGAGAACUUUGCGCCCGUGGUCGGCAGUUCGAUUUUUCCUUUUUUUCCCCUCCCCCUUUCCCUUUUUUUCUCUUUCCUUUUCUUUUUGGGAUCCUUGACUCUCCCGUCCCGCAUCCUCGCUGGCCCCCAACGCCCCCCGCGCCGCUCUCAACGCCGUCUUCGGACCCCCCCCCCCCCGAAAAGCGAUUAAUCGCUACAUGAAGGCUGCCUCUUCCUAAGGAAAGAUGAAUAUUUAUCGCCCACCUUCGGGGGCCAAAACGAAGGUCUCGGGCCUGAAAUACAGCAGCAAGACCGAGGACAUGAACGGCCUGGAGGAAGGGGUGGAGUUCCUGCCCACCAUGAACACCAAGAAGCUUGAGAAGCGUGGUCCAAAACGUUGGGUAGUGGUAGUCAUCGUGGUAUCCAUCUCCCUGCUCCUUUCUCUGUUGGUUGGGCUGCUGGUUUGGCACUUCAAAUACAGGGCUGCCCUUGUGCAGAAGCCAUACAAUGGCCACAUGAGACUGAUAGGCACACGGUUCAUCGAUGCCUAUGAGAAUUCCAGCUCUCCUGAAUUUGCUGCAUUGGCAAAGAAUGCAAAGAUGAUGCUCUUGGACAUCUAUGCAAAGAAUUUGGAUGUUGGUCCAUUCCACAACCACUCAGAAAUACUAGCAUUCAGUGAGGGCAGUGUGAUUGCUUACUUCUGGUCCACAUUCAGUGUUCCUAAAUACAAGAUGGAGGUUCUUGAAAACGCCAUGGCAAAUUUCCAUAAUUUAAAUCUAGUGGGAACAGGAAAGGCGCGGAAGCCAGAACUUCGAGUUGAGUCUCUCACAGCUUUCCCUUCUGAUGAGGAUAUCGUUAAAGCAGCCCGAGACAACAGCUGCAAAUAUGCGUUGCACGCCAAGGAAGGGAAAGUGACCAGCUUCACCACGCCAGGCUUCCCAAAUAGCCCUUACCCGUCCAACCUGCGUUGCUUCUGGGCGCUGAGAGCCGACGCUAACGCCGUCAUUAGCCUGACCUUCACUACAUUUGACUUCGAGGGAUGCGACGAAGGGGAGGACUUUGUCAAGGUGUACAACUCAUUGAGCCCUGUAGAAGAACGCUCGUUGGCGAAGCUGUGCGGGAGCUUUGACUUUUCAUACAACCUGACUUUCGUCUCCUCUCAAAACGUCCUCCUGGUUAUGUUAAGUACAGAUGCAAAGGGAAGAUUUCCUGGAUUCAAAGCAGAAUUCUCCCAGAUGUUAAAGAUGACAUCUUGUGGAGGAGUUUUGAAGGGUGUAUCGGGGAACUUCACCACUCCUUAUUAUCCAGCCUACUACCCUCCAAAUUUGGAUUGCGUAUGGAAUAUAGAGGUGCCUAAGGACAAAAAUGUAAAGGUACGCUUCAAUGAAUUCCAUCUUGAGAAUCCUGGUAACUCCAACUCCUGCCUCAAAGAUUAUGUGGAAAUCAACGCUGUCAAGUAUUGUCAGGCCAGCAAGGGAUUUGUGGUAAUGAGUAAAACCAACAAAAUUACAGUUCGUUUCCACUCAGAUAAUUCACACGUGGACAAUGGCUUCUGGGCUGAGUAUUUGUCCUUUGACUCCAAUGACCCUUGCCCAGGGAAAUUCACCUGCAAAAGUGGCCGUUGUAUCAAAAAAGAACUGCGCUGUGAUGGGUGGUUUGAUUGUCCAGAUGCCAGUGAUGAGAAAAAUUGCAAUUGCACUAAGAAUCAAUUCCGAUGCCACAAUAAUUGGUGCAAGCCAAGGUACUGGCUUUGUGAUACGGUGGAUGAUUGUGGGGACAAAAGCGACGAACUGCAGUGCGAAUGUUCUCCUGACAGCUUCAAGUGCAAUAACGGCAACUGCAUCCCAGGGCAGCAGAAAUGUGACGGAAAAGCAGACUGCGAAGAUGGAAGCGACGAGGGGGAAUGUGGCUCCGCGGUCAGCGUUUCCUGUCAAGCAUAUACCUACAAAUGCCGCAACAAUGUGUGUGUGAACAAGAGGAAUCCGGAAUGUGAUGGAGCAGCAGACUGUAGCGACAAUUCAGAUGAAGAGAAUUGCAACUGUGGCAUCCGUGCCUAUAGCAAGCAGUCCCGGAUUGUGGGUGGAAUGGACUCCGAUUUGGGCGAAUGGCCCUGGCAGGUCAGUCUGCAUGUCCAGAGCGAGGGUCACGUAUGUGGAGCUUCCUUGAUAUCCAACAAGUGGCUGGUCACGGCUGCCCAUUGCUUUGUUGAAAAGAACUACAUCAGAUAUAACGAUCCCUCUCUGUGGACUGCCUACAUGGGUCUUCUAGAUCAGGAGAAAAGGUCGAACAGCCACGUUCAGAAAAAGGCUAUCAAGAGAAUCAUCACCCACCCGCUCUUCAAUGACUUCACGUACGAUUAUGACAUCGCCCUGAUGGAGCUCUCCAGCCCCGUGGCUUUUUCCAAAGAAAUCAUUCCUAUCUGUUUGCCUGAUGCCACCCAUGAAUUCCCUGCAGGGAAAGCCAUCUGGGUGACCGGAUGGGGAAGGACUGAAGAAAUGGGUCCUGGUGCCACAAUUUUGCAGAAGGCAGAAAUCCGGGUGAUCAAUCAGACCAUGUGUGAGUCCCUUCUGGUCAAUCAACUCACUGCACGGAUGAUGUGCGUAGGAGUCCUGACGGGAGGAAUUGAUGCUUGCCAGGGAGAUUCGGGAGGACCGCUUACCAGCGUGGAAGUGAACAAUAGGAUGUUCCUGGCUGGUAUAGUCAGCUGGGGAGAUGGUUGUGCUCGCCGGAACAGGCCAGGAGUUUACACCCGGGUCACUAAGCUACGAACAUGGAUCAAAGAGAAAACAGGGUUGUAGGUGGUUUCAGCCACUAGGAUUGUUCACCCAACUCAUGGAGGUCGGUCAACCUGGCCAUUGAAGAAGACUUUCCCACAUGAUGUGAAGGGAACCCUGUCUCAUACGUUCAACCCUUCUCUCCUUCUGUUCUCGUUCUUCUGGGUCUCCCAGGUGGGGAAGGUUGGUUUGAUAACAAAUGACCCACCUGGAUUAAUUGUACAUGGACCGUUGCCACCUGGAGAUCCUUCCAAUUGCUUCUUUCCUUGCUUCUGUCUCCUGAGAUCACCGCAGUGUCUUCAUUUAAACAUGGACUGAGUUUUUGACCCGGCUUGGAGCUCCGCCACAGAGCUGACUUUUGCACAAGUGUGCAAGGGAAAGUUGGAACCAAUUUGAGAUGGGAUUAUACGGGCUCCUCUUCUCCCAAGCGCCAAACAGAGGACAGCGGAAAGAAAAGGAGACUUAUCUGCUUGUUUAGAAAAGAGAUUGGAGGUCUCUGGGCUUGAUGCCCCGUUCUUUUUUCCUUCUUGUGUCCGACUCCAUGCCGCCUGCGAUUAUCCUACGGCCUUAUAACUUUUCCCUUAAAAUUCCUCAUUAAGGGUGAGGUUACUAUCUUUGCUGUUUCAGUGUGCAAUUCCCUGGAAUUCUUACGGAAAGGGAAUUAUAUUAAUAUUUCCAGAUAUGCUAUGAUGGGGAUUGAUUUAGGGCAGGGAUCUCCAACCUUGGCAACUUUACGACUUGUGGACUUCAACUCCCAGAAUUCCUCAGCCAGCUUUUGCUUUUAUUUUUUUCUCUUCAGCUUUUGCUGGCUGAGGAAUUCUGGGAAUUGAAGUCCACAAGUCAUAAAGUUGCUAAGGUUGGAGAGCCCCGAUUUAGGGCUAUAAUAUCGCUGCAAAAUUUGAUGGAACCACUAGAGGGGCGCAGAGAGAUUUAAAAAAAGCUUGUCUUUUGCUCAUAGCCGGUGAUAUUCUGGAUAUUUGCAACAGAAAUUAAGACAGCAGCUUCUUUGAUUAAAUGACUUCUUUUUCUCUCUCUCUCCCUGUCCCCCCCCGAGUGAACUUCCCAAUAUCGGUGCAAAAUUGCCUAUAAAAUACAGCCUUGUUACGCUGGCAAAGCAAGCACCGAAAAUCAUAUUCGAUCCGCAAUGUAAGAAGCAUCAUAUCAGAUCUUGCUGUUUUUAAAGGGAAUAUUUCCCAUCUCUGACUUCACCUCCUUUUUAUAAUAUACUGAUCAGAGAUGCAAAGACCUAGGGAAGAAAAACAGGAAGGGGGGGGGUGAGGAAGGGACGACAGCCAAUAUAUUUUACCUUACCCCAUCUGAAUUUUUCCUUUCCCAUCCUCAUUAGUUUCCCUGUCUUUCCAUCUCACCCACCAGCAUAAUUCAGAUUGAGAAUCCCUCCUUGAUAUUUUUUUUAAAAUUCUAUUUCUAUCCAUUUGAGUCCCUGGGAUAAAAAGUUCUGACUUUAGCACAGCGGUGAAAUCCAUUUACCGUUUGCUACUGGUUCUGGAACGGGAGCACGCUACAUUCGUGUGCACCUCUUCUGCGCAUGCACAGAUGGUGAAAAACCGGGACGUAAUGACGUCCCGGCGGCUGGGCGGAGCUUCCUGCUACCAGUGCUACCAAUUCGGUGAGCCGCGUAGAACCUGGGGGGAGGGGUACGAUUUCACCGUUCCUUUAGCAUUUUUUUUGUAGGCAGAAUCAAGUUCUGCAAGAGUUCUGUUGAUUAUUAGUAGGUUGUCUGCAAAGCUCCAAAAUGCCUUUGAGGAUAAAAAACAACAACACUUGACAAUCAAGGAAUAAUAGCCUUUUUGCUCUUCUAUGUCUGGGUGUAAAAGCCCGGUUGAAAUAUUUGGGACUUGCAAUCCACUUGCCAUAAAAAAAAAAAAAACCAACCAAACAAAAAAACACCCAGUUGAUUCUGGAUUUUUCCAACAGUGGAAAAUCACAACGGUUUCCAUCAAGGGUUGGAAUAUGGUGGAUGGAAAUGGGAAUGAGGGGAGAACUUCAGAGUAAGCCUGUGGGAUCUUGCCUACCUUGCUUGUUUGAAGUUUGAAAAGCUCGUGCCUUGCAUCUUCAUGUCCUGAGCCAUCCCAUCAACAAGACUUAACUUUCUUUGAAGCACCUCUUGCCUGGCUCUUGUGAAAUGCUGCCUGUUUUCAGAUGUUCUUGAGACUUGGCUUCCUUGAGCUUCUUGGAAGAUAUUCCGGGAUUAUUUGCAGACCGUUGGCAUUCUUGUCUCCUUCUCCAAAUCCUGUCUUAUCCAGGAGGUUUCAUAGUAGCCCUUUCCUCAUUUAGUCCCCCUCAGAUAUCAUGGGCACCGAAAUAAGCUGGCUGGGAAUUGCACUGCCUAGCCAUCAAUGUCCACAAGAAAGCCCACUUUGGACAAAACACCGAUACGGAGCGGAAAUCUCUUGAGACCCUGCACUUUUAAUCCAGUCCCUCUGCACCUGUUUACCUCAUUAGAAUGAGAUAGAUGUAGAGAGAUCUAGAGAAUAUAAUUGUGUGUGCAUGAAUGUGUGUGUGUGUUUGUAUGGGUGGAUUGUAACCUUUUUCUGCCCCAUUUUGGGGCAGAUUGGCAUUACCACAAUGUGCCUUAUUGUACAGCCUUGUUUAAUCUAUGGUAGUCUACCGCAGGGGUCUCCAAUCUUGGCAACUUUAAGACUUGUGGACUUCAACUCCCAGAGUUGAAGCUUUGCUGGCUGAGGAACUCUGGAAGUUGAAGUCCACAAGUCUUAAAGUUGCCAAGGUUGGAGACCCCUACUCUACAGCAUUUCUGUCUUCUUCUUAGGGCCCCCUAAACUUCUUUAUAGGUUGAUGGCUAAAGGAAGUUGGUUCUCAAAACUGGGACCUCCUUGGAAGCCGUUGUGUCAUUAGCAUUCUUCUUCUUCCCCCCCCACCUAUUGGCCAACACCUGUUUAGGUGUUCUGGGAGUUGUAGUCCAACCUUUUUUUAGGGAGCGCUUCUAUCCUGCGGUGUCAAAUACUGAUUUGUUCCGGUGUUUGCUGUCUGCACCAACAGAAUUUGAGCCGCCUUCUAGUAGAAUAAAUGCCUCUGUCUAAGUGCCUCUUCUUGAGUGAAAGAAAGGACGGCUGAGAGAUUGUUUAGGGAACAAACACUAUUAAGUAGAGCUAGAUAGAGCUAAAACGCUUCCAAUGGACAAGACUGUUGUAUUUCACUGUGUGAUCCGCCUUUUUUUUUUUUUUUUUACAACUGUUGCUUUUACAACUGAUGGACAAGUAAUGGUUCUUUACGGUAAAACCUAGUGUUGUUCUACAUCUCUAUUGGUCCAAAUUUUCUCUGGCCUCUAAUGGGAAGAGGUCUUUUCUCCCCCCCCAGGAUAUUUGAAUCAAAAGUAUAUUUAACAAUCUGAGAAAUUCUUCACUAGGUCCUAUUCUUUAAAGCACAGAAGCGACAGAAAGAGUUCAGUGCAGACUUAACUGUUUUAUUUCCCAUUAAGAGAAAGUGUUUUCAAAAUUGUUUGAAACUAAUCGGCUCAUUUUUACUUCUUGCCGUGUUUGUCUGUAUAUAAAAAUUGUAUCUUUUUUUUUUUAAAAAUGCUGUAAAUAGCUUAAAUACGAGAAAACUGUACCAAACAGUUUUUAAUUCCUACCAAUAUUUCUGUCCCCACCCCCCUUUUUUAUUUUUUAUUGGAAAACUGAAUGAAGUGGAAAUGUCUGAUGAUUCUUAAUCUGUCAUUAAACUUGUUUUUUAAUGGAUGUUUCAUUUUAAUUCGGCAUGUUCUGUGGGGUUGAAAUAUUUCUUUCAUGAUUAGGGAACUGGAGGCUAAAACAUAUGAAGAACUCGGUAUGUCUAGUUUAA